GCCGGGUCGGGCGCGCAGGCGCAGUGUCGCGGCCGCGCCGCGGGGGGAGAAGGCGGCGCUGGGCCGGGGAGGCCCGCGGCGGGCCGUUCCGGGGCGGCGAGAGCGGAUUUGCCAUGGCUUUUUUUGCUGGGUUCUGGGGCCCCUUCACUCAUGCAAGCAGAGCAUUCAGCCAGCGCAGUUUCAGCACCACUGGGAGCUUCAGUGCAAUUCAGAAGAUGACACGGGUCCGUGUGGUGGACAACAGUGCCCUGGGGAAUACUCCGUACCAUCGCCCUCCUCGUUGCAUCCAUGUUUAUAACAAGAGUGGGGUGGGCAAGGUGGGCGACCGGAUACUGCUGGCCAUCAAGGGACAGAAGAAAAAGGCGCUCAUUGUGGGGCAUCGCAUGCCUGGCCCCCAGAUGACCCCCAGGUUCGACUCCAACAACGUGGUCCUCAUUGAGGACAAUGGUAACCCUGUGGGCACUCGAAUUAAGAUACCCAUCCCUACCAGCCUUCGCCAGAGGGAAGGCGAAUUUUCCAAGGUGCUGGCCAUUGCUCAGAACUUUGUGUGAGUGGGGCUCAGGCCGCUGGCUGCAGGGGAAUUCAGGGGAGGGCACUCCGGGCCCCCUUGGCUGGGGAACAGUGUCCUAUGAAAAAAUAAACCUUUUCAUUUA